GCAGCAACAUCAUCUCGAUCGGUGGAUUAUCUCUUGAAGGAAAUGAAACCCAUGCUGAUCCUUGUGGCCCUGGCAGGCUUUGGCAUCUGCGUUCGAGCAGAUGUCUCCCACCUGCACGGAGGAGGUUACCACGAUCAUGACCAUGAUCACCAUCACCACCAUGACCACGAUCAUGAUCACCACCACUAUGAUGCCCAUUCCCACCACCAUUCUGCCUUGUCGCACGAUCAUCAUGAUCUGCACAUUGAUCUGCACUAUCAGCCAGAUCACCACCAUCAUCAUCAUCAGGAGGCCAAGUUCGAUAUUCCUAGUGGAUAUAGCUACGGACCUCCAGAGAAACCUCGCCAGAAGUACCUGCCUCCCAAGGUUGCCCUCCCACCGCCACCACCUCCUCCGCCCAAGGCCACCUAUCUGCCUCCCUCAAAGCCCGAAGUGAAGUACCUGCCCCCCGAGCCGGUGGCCAAGUAUCUGCCACCCAAGGUCGCUCCCAGCCUGCCUCCUCCACCACCACCGCCAGUUGUGGCACCCAAGCCCACCUAUCUGCCUCCCAGUCCACCAGAGUCGAAGUAUCUGCCUCCUCCGACGCCGGAGGUGAAGUACCUGCCUCCUGCCCCUGCGGCAAGGUAUCUGCCACCCAAGGUUGCGCCCAGUCUGCCACCACCACCUCCACCCCCACCAGUUGCUCCCAAGAAGCUGUACCUUCCUCCUGCCGAGCCGGAGACUAAGUACCUGCCACCUUCAGAGCCCGUCGCAAAGUAUCUGCCUCCUAAGCCCGAGCCCAAAUAUCUGCCACCCCAACCAGUGGUAGACUUCCACAUCCCGAUUCCUUCCUACGCCCUGCCCUUGGGCCCUGCUCCAAGUCUUAUUCCCGACGCCGAGCCUGGUUACCACUACAAGCCACCACAUCGCCGUUUUAGGCACUAGGAUAAUCGAGCAACGAAAACAAAACAAAACCCAAAAACAGAAGCACUGCAUUUAGUUUUAAGCUGUACAAAUUAAAAGCAAUUUUAACA